CCCUCGCUUGGUAUUUCGAACUAUGGUGAACUCGCCAAUGAAAUGGUUGCAAUAAUUUUCUCAAUUUUCUGCCAAUUAUUGCUGGAUCAAGCUACAGCUGAGAAUGUAAAGACAUCUGCAACACGCACCUUCACUAUCGACACAGCCAGCCAGAAGUUCUACAAGGAUGGGGAGCCGUUUACUUAUGUCGCGGGGAGCAUGCAUUAUGCUCGUGUCCCACCGUAUUACUGGAAAGAUCGUCUGUUGAAAAUGAAAGCGGCGGGUUUAAAUGCUGUUCAGUUUUACGUCCCGUGGAACUUCCACGAACCAACGCCAGGAAUCUAUGACUUUUCUUCCCCUGAGAAAAACCUCGUCGGAUUCCUUGAGACCAUUCGGGACGUGGGACUCUUGGCAAUCGUCCGGGCGGGGCCGUACAUGUGUGCUGAAUGGGAAUUUGGUGGCAUUCCGGCCUGGCUCUUGAAGGAUGAUGUGGACGUCAAACUCAGAACGGACGACCCAGUAUAUAUGAGGAACGCACUGCGUUGGAUCAUGACCCUCGGGCGCAUCAUCUACCCGUGGUUUUAUCAGGGAAACGGACCAAUUAUCAUGGUGCAGGUUGAGAACGAGUAUGGCUCCUGGUACGCCUGUGACCACGACUACAUGAACAGAAUGUACCUCCAGUUUAGAGAGUAUAUGGGGCACGAUAUCGUCCUGUUUACCACAGACGGAGACGGCCAGGGUUACCUCAAGUGUGGCUCCGUUAAGGAUUUCAUGUAUGCGACAGUUGACUUUGGAAUCACUUCAGACGUCAAUGGAUCUCUAAAAGUGGAGCAAGACUUCAACAAAGGUCCCUUGGUGAACUCUGAGUAUUAUCCGGCCUGGUUUGAUGAGUGGGGUGGCCCACAUGCCAAUACCGCUGUAGGGCCGGUUAAUAAGACAUUGGACGAUAUGCUGAAAGUAGGAGCUAGUGUUAACAUUUAUAUGUUCCAUGGCGGCACGAACUUUGCUUACAUGAAUGGAGCAGAGUGCUGCCCAUAUAAACCUGUCGUUACGAGUUACGAUUACGACGCGCCGAUAUCGGAGGCUGGGGAUACGACGUUCAAAUACAUGGUGCUGAGGGAAACGAUAGGAAAAUAUCAUCCUCUACCUAAUAUGUCCAUACCUGCUAAUACCACCAAGUUUGCCUAUGGAAAAGUGCCAUUGAAAUUUUCGUCCACCAUCUUGGACACGCUGUGGCAAGUUAGUCCCGCUGGCCCCACAAAGUCGACGUACCCCAUCAACAUGGAGAGGCUGUUACAGUAUUACGGCUUUGUUUACUACAGAGUUCGGCUGACCAAGAGUUAUACGAACGCCAAUCUGAGUGUUCCUGGCAUACGUGACAGAGGCUAUGUGAUGCUGAAUUCGGUUCCCCAAGGUGUGCUCCAAGUCGGGGACGUCACAGUGUUGAAAAACUUCACUGCAAAAGCCAAUGAUUUCAUGGACAUUUUGGUCGAAAACCAGGGGAGGGUUAACUUUGGCAAGGGCAUGCUCGGACAGAUCAAGGGUUUGAUCUCUAAUGUGACCGUCAAUAAAGAUCUCAUCACCGGCUGGUACAACUAUCCAAUCAAUCUGGUGAAGGCUGCUGGACAUACUGGUGACCAAACUCUUAGAUUUAGACAUUUCCCUAGGAUGUCGUUUGACACAUCGCUGGUGACUCCAUCCCUGUACGUCGGAUCCUUCCUCGUCGACAAGUCAAUGACGCCCCCUGCUGAUACAUUCCUGAAAACGUCUGGCUGGACCAAGGGUCAAGCUUUCGUUAACGGCCACAACCUUGGACGCUACUGGCCGGUGAAAGGCCCCCAGAUAACUCUGUAUGUGCCUUCCAGCUUCCUCAAACCGUACCCAGCCAAGAACCACGUGAUGUUUUUCGAGCUUGAGAAAGCGCCGUGUACUGCUGGUCAGUCUUGUAUGGUCGAGUUUGUCGAUUCGCCGAUUUUGAAUGGAAAGUCUGCGUUUAAUUCCACGAUUGUUGAGAAAAUGGAACGUGAUGCUCGAUAUGAUUGGAUAAAAAGGAAAGUGGUGCGGCCUGGUGCUUAAUUGAUGAGAGAACAAAUUGCACAAUUGCGGUUUGGUUGUUAUUGAAAUAUGUUUGUGAUUCAGUGGAGGAAAGGCUGUUGAAAUGCUCUUAGGAAAGGCACGAAAGAUGAUGUGGGGAAGGGGUCAGGGUACUUUUUUUUAAUGGUUUUUUUUACUGUAUUCUUCCACUAACAGCUUGAUCAUUGGUCUUAAAGACUCGGUACUUUUGUAUCUGUGUUAAAUGUUGAUCGAGCAAAAUUUCCAUGCAUUGAACAUUCCUUUUGCAUAUAACCUUUCUGUCACUGAUAGUAUAAUUCCGAAAGUGAAAAUUGUCUUCAACUGAGGCACUGUACCUUUAAACAGCUUGUACAGCAUCAUCCUUGCAGCUGAUUGGGUUACACACAUUCAGUUGACUCACAUUUAAAGAGUCAGUAGAUCACAUUUUUAAUAAUGUUGAAAAUACAAUUCACGAGGAAGAUAAACCACAACUGACCACAUUUCUGUGCAGAAACACUGCCACAUGAACUAUAUUGGGCAUUAGAAUCAGCUGUGCGAGGGACAAAUGUCUUGGCGCCAAAGAAAAAAGACGUCGUACCAUGUCAUAUCCCAGAAAGACGUCCUAGUGUCACGACAAUUUGGCCACUUAGGAAAAUGAUUUACACCACUGCAACAGAGGUAGUUAUGACGUCACAGGUCGUCUUGUGAUGUCACAUGAUAUGAAUGGUGGUCUCCGUGGACGCAGUGCAGGUGUUUUUUGGCAGGAAUGGCCAGCACAACAUAAAUGGGUCCAUGUCCACCCAGAAAUCCGCUCGGAAGUUUCUGAGAGGUUUUCAAUUCUUGCUGCAUUACUGUAGUGAAAAACAGUGCAGUUCCAGUCUACUUACUCUUUAAAUGGCUUGGCAUCAUCAUCAUUAUAUCAGCUGGUUUCUUAGGUUACACACAUUUAAAUCAGCUUUAUUACAAUGUUAAUACAUUCUUGUGCUACAUCACCAUGGGUGUUUAAUGUACGUGUUUCAAUAUUUGCUUCUACGUCAUUUUUGUAAGGAGAACAAAUGUGCACUAAUAUAUUGAUAAUAAAAUAAUUGAUAAACAAUA